GUUUAUCUGCGAUUCGAGUUGGAGAAGUUGUUUUCAUUCAUUUCCAACUCCAGUAAUCCAAAAAAACGAGUGUUUUAGUGUUUCAAAUCAAUUAUCGACUGAAAAUCUUAAGGAACCAGAACGAGCAAAUUGUUAAAAAACAAGACUGACUUGAUGGAAUGAUGCGACGACGUUGACUCGGUUGUUCGGUAUUCGGUUUUUUGGUGUGUAUCGGCAGCUAAAUUAUCGUGAAAAUUUGAAGAAAACGAUGGGAUAGACGGCGGAAAUGGUGAAAAUGUCGACGAAAUCGCUCAAUUUCCUAUAAACUUCGCCGUGUUAUCGAGUAGUGUCUCUUGGCUUGCCACGUUCCUUGCCGUCGUCGCCGACUCCGCAAUUCAAUUCAUUCAUCAGCAGUCGUGCAGCCAUGGCGGAACAACAUCGAGGCGCAGAUUACCUUGCCGUCUGCAGACUGUGCCUCUCCGAUAGAACGGACUCGCUAAAAUCCAUCUACGACAUCGCCUUAGGUCCGAACCGUCUUCCACAGAAGAUUCUACAACUGUUGGCCGUCCAGGUUAACAAGCUAGACAAGAUAUCGACGCUCAUUUGCAAUGAUUGCAUCAUUAGACUGGAUACCUUUCACGCAUAUAAGCGGGAAUGCCACAGAAACCAGACAAAAUUGGCAGAAUGGUUGAACAAAAACGCCGGUUGCAAUUCAAAUGAAAUGAGUUUUCCCAUCAAACCGGAACCGGAUGAUUUCGAGUUCAACGAAGUGGGCCUGGUGAACGGAAAUCACGUGAGCUGGCCCGUCAAAAUCGAAGUAGACGUGGACGAAGACAUGGACGAAGAAUACAACGAUCUACCACCUCACCUCCUUCCUAACAGUUUCGACAACCACGGCGAGCCAUUCGUGGUUAAUUCACCCACUGGAAACUAUUCAGAAGAAGAAACAAGAUGUCCGGAUUGCGGCCGACUGUUCGGCACAAUUCAGAACAUGAGGAGGCAUCAGAACGUGCUCCAUCGCAAGGAUAAAAGAACGCCAAUGAACGAAAUUAAGAAAGCCAGCGACCCCGUGGCCGUGACAGAUCAACCCAAAGAUCUGUCAGCUGAAACCGAGAAGGACAUAGCAAUAGAAAACACCUCUGUUGUCCCUUCUCUUGAUACUUCUGGCGAAGUACCACCUGAAAAUAAUGACAGCUCCUUGAAUAUGUCUGAAGAGAACACUGUUUCAGAAGUAAAUAACACCGAAGAAACGGAAAAAUGUCAAGAAGAACAACAAGAACAGACUGAAGAUGAACCCAAAAAUCCUGAAGAAACAGAACCCGAAAAAACUCAAGAAGAACCAACCGAAAACACUCCAGAAAGUGACCAACAAAAAAUCCAGUUCGCCGCCGGCUUAAAACUGGUUCAAAAAGACUCCACCCCCAUAGAAUGCGAACCUUUAUCCAAAAUCGAGUUGAGCUACAUUGACAAAUGUAAGGCUAUGGUUUCAAUGUUCCACACUCUUCAAUGCGCCUGCCACAAUGUCCAGCACAAAACCUCAAGAAACCUUCACUCUCACCUUCGAGAGCUACGCAUCUGGUUUCCUCUUUUCACUUGCUACAACUGUAUGAUUUCUUUCACUGACCGAUCAACGUUCACCAAACACCACACCAAAUGCACCAGAACUCAAUUCGAGACCUUGAUCAAGCUGUCAAACCUCAAAAAAAGAAGCGAAGUCAAGACCAGGCUGUACGAAAACUACAAAUGUAACCGUUGUCGCUUUUUGUACAGUUUCUACGAAGAUUUUUGCAAACAUAUAGAAGAAGAUCAUGCGUCUGGUUCGCCUCCAUUUUACUGUUCAUGCCGAUACGUUUUUGACACUUUGGAAGAAUACAGGAACCACUGUUACAACUCUUGCAUCCUUUCAUACUAUUGUGACAUAUGUUUCAUCACUACCACCACGCAGGAAGAGUUUGUGAAACACUGUCAAGAACUCCACGACUCUUCAGAAGGUUUUGUACUUCUUCAAGAGGACGGAUACAGUCCUAGAAAGCCAUUCUCCCACCACAAGGAAGUUGAUACUGAAGCAAACGUAGUUGAAGGAAAAAGGGAGAGAAAAAAAUCGGUGAAACCCCCGAUUUUAGUGCAGAUAUACGACUCGGAGAUCCCUCCGGAACCGCUAGACAUGGCGCCGAAAACAGUGUUCAAGAAGAUGCUAAACGAAGCUGUGAAAUUUAACCCGACCUGGAAAAACCCAUCCGAGUGUCCUUUGUGUCACAAAGUGUACGCGAGCAUCCAUAACAUGGCGAGACAUUACAAAACUCACCUGGAGAAAAACGAAGUUCCUAUGCCAGUUCAAGCGAGAGAAGAAGACGAUUCGUUGUACAGCUGUCCGGAUUGUGGAGGAAUGUACCCCACAGCUAAAUGGGCUAAACAUUUGGAAGAAAAACAUCCGCCCAAACCUUGCGGAGAUUGCGACAAGAUGUUCCAGUUCCAAGGCGAAUUAGAGCAACACCGCAGCGUUCACUUGAACCUGAAAAUUCACAGAGACUCCAAAACACAUUCCUACAAGUCCACCAUGCUGAGUCCUGUGGGUGAAGUUAAUGGUUUAUUGGGUGAGGUGAUGGUUAUGUGCGAACUCUGUGACACGAUGUUUAAGAGUAAGGAAGAGUUGAAGAACCACAAGCUGGUUUGCGAAGAUAGAUCUAACAAGUCUCAGUCGGGAAGUUCGUUGAAAGAUGACGGAGAUACUAUGGAUAUUGAAGGAAUGCCUGUUCUUGAAACCGUCGAAAAGACAGAGGAGAAAAAGGACGACGGAUUCGUCUGUACUUCCUGCCAGAAAGUGUACCUUAGCGUGAAAACUUUGAAAGAGCACAUGAAGAACAAACACGGAAUUUUGUACAAGAGAAAAAACGAUUUCCCGAAAAAGUGCCAGUACUGCGACAGGAUGUGCACUACCGGAGCAGCUCUGUACCUCCACACCCAAAUGCACGAGCGCAUGACCUUAAACGACUUGAAAUCAGACAAAUCUGCCAUAGCCAAAGCAAAAAAGAAAGCCUCAUUAGAGAAAGAAGCUGAUCCUGAUGAGGAAGGAGGGUCUUACCACACUUGCAAGAGGUGUUUCAAAGUAUUCGCAACCAAAGGAAAAUUACGGGACCACAUGAAAUGUCACGGUGUAAAUCCAGCCAAGAAACCAUCGAAAAAAAUCACCUGCAACAUCUGCCAUGUUUGUCUGGAUAACGCUGAUGAAUUGGAGAAGCAUAAGUCAUCAGAACAUUCUGAAGGAUUGGACGGUAUGCCUCAGCUGGUAAACGAGAUGGAGGUUGAUCAAAAAGACGACGAUAAAGAAGAGAAAAAUACGACUGAAGUUACCAAGAUCAAAAACACAAAUCUGUGUAAAUACUGUAAGGUUACUUUCGAUAAUUUUGCUGAGUUUGCGCAACACAUGCACGAGGAACAUGACGAAACUGCUAAACCUAAGGUUAGUAGAAUCAAACGAAAAGACUUGGGAGAUAGGAGGUAUAAAUGUGGCAUUUGCAAGAAAGCUUUUGUAACUGUCUUAGCCCUAAACUCCCACGCGGGCUGGCACAAACGCAUUUUCGCUAAAAAGAGACUACUAAGUCAAUCAGCUCCGGAAACUAACACGGCCCACGGUGUGAUAGCUUCAAAAAUCGUCAGACAGUCCAAAGUUUUUAAGAAGAAAAUCACUCCCAAACCUCAGCAACAACAACCUGCGCAACAAGCUUCCAAAUUCCAAUGCAGUACGUGUUCUGCGCAGCUACCCAACGACACGGCACUUCAAAUCCAUAUCCUGGAAAAACACAGGAGUAUGGAUGAGGUUAUGUUAGUCCCGAGAUGCGAGACGUGCAAUCAGGAUUUCGCCACUCAAAAUGAAUACGAAAUGCACCAAAGAUUUCAUGACUUUCUCGAGCGACAGAAGAAAAAUAGCCAGCAGGUUAUCAUUAAAAAAUAUCCCUGUGAACAUUGCAGUUCUGGAUUCAGUAGAAUUGACACUCUUCAUACUCAUAUAAGACAGCAUCAUCCAGAACACGCUAAAGUAGAGUUUAAAUGUACCCAGUGUGAUAGAGUUUUCGAAAAACAAAACUCUCUAACCAUUCACUUGAAAGUUCACGAAAAACAGAAGGCUGCUUUGACGAACGGGGGUAGUUCUAGUACUAGUACUUCUUCUGGUAGUACGGGAAAAGUAUUUUCGUGUUCGAUCUGUAGUAUGGUCUUCAGUUAUGCCAAGGAUCUGCGAACGCACACGAUCAACGCGCAUCCGUUUUGACGUAGCGUUACCAGCGGAGACGCGACUUUAGAUUGAGAGCGCGCGUGUGAUUUACAGGGAUAGUGAUGAUACAGGGUGUGUCAAAAAAUAGCGACCGUGUCUUAGAGAUUCGUGUUUUGAGUCACUUGUUUCCAUUAUAAAUUUAAAACCCGAAAAUACAUGUUAAAUGCCAAUUUUCGAUGUGCGUCUUAAGCUUAUUGGGACAAAAAUAUAUAUACAGGGUGUUUCUAAAAUAAACCGAAAUAUAAAUCCAAUUUUAAUCUUAAUUUUUAUGACUAAUUAUGACAUUAUUGGGAUCUUAUUGAAAAUUAAGAAUGUAGGUUAGUCCUUAACCGCUACACUGAAUAAUUAUCCUUAAGGGUUAUGCACGAAGUGGCAACGUUGCGUGACUUUGAUAUACAGACAAGGAAAGAGCAGUUUUAAAAAGUUUUGUAAAAUAAGUAAGUAGUAAAUAGUUUUGUAAAAAAUUUCUCUCGUCUACCAAUCUCGUCUACCAGUAGUGGACUAUUUUUAUUAAAAUAAAAAUAGUUUUUGGGUACCUAGGUCGACUCAGCCUUAAAUGAGUACUUGG